AUGACACGACCUGGGUACCGCUACCUCCUGAAGGUGCAUGGCACCCCCCUUCCCCUCCUCCUCAUGGGGCUGCUGCUGGCCCUGCUGUCUGGGACCCAGGGGAUUCAUGGGGUUGGCCUCUCAUCUCCAGCUGCUCGGUCUGCCCAGCAACACCCUAAGAAACACUUCACCCCUGGAACCCUCAAACCUGCUGCUCACCUUGUUGGAGAUCCCAGCACCCAGACUUCGCUGCGCUGGAGAGCAAACACAGAUCAUGCCUUCCUCCGCCAUGGCUUCUCUUUGAGCAACAAUUCCCUCCUGGUCCCCACCAGUGGCCUCUACUUUGUCUAUUCCCAGGUGGUCUUCUCUGGGGAAGGCUGUGCGCCCAAGGCCACCCCCCUCCCUCUCUACCUGGCUCACGAGGUCCAGCUUUUCUCUUCCCAGUACCCCUCCCAUGUGCCUCUCCUCAGUGCCCAGAAGUCUGUGUGCCCAGGACCACAGGGACCUUGGGUACGCUCAGUGUACCAGGGAGCUGUUUUCCUACUCACCCAGGGAGACCAAUUGUCCACUCACACAACCGGCAUCUCCCACCUACUCCUCAGCCCCAGUAGUGUCUUCUUUGGAGCUUUUGCUCUGUAG